CGUUUUGGCUGCUGGAAGAUCACAAUGGACAUCCGAGCCCGGCAAGCGUCGCCACGAACCCACCGCGUUGUCGCGCGCACGGAGGACGACGCGGCGGUGGCCAAGUGGAUUGCAAAGCGAGAAGAGCUGGUCACCCAAGUUCACUCUCUCCUCGACUCUGGCAGCGUCGAGCAGGGACAGCACUUUGCGAUGCUCAAGCUGCUCGUCCACGUCCGCGACGCCUCGACGCAGCUGCUUCUGCAGCUCUACGCAUGGCACGCGGGCUCGCCGCGCCCGUAUUGGUACAACGGUGAGAGCUAUACGCAGCGUAUGAAGACAGACAUGAACUUUCUCCAUGGCGCCAAGUGGCUCGUGCUAGCGUUGGGCAUUGCACCGCAGACAAUGGGGCAAAACCCGCUCAUGCUCGCCGCGGCUGCCCGAAAGCGCGUUGCGACGCUGCACGCGACGCCGCCGCCGCCCUUCAACCCAAGCGAGUGCUUGGACGAGCCCAAUGCCCGUGCUCUGUGGGCAGACCACUUUCUGUCGUGGUGCUGGGCGUUUGUUGAUACCGAGGCGUUUGUCGAUACCGAGGUGCCCCGCACCAAACAAAGCUCGUCCCGCGAUGGCAUUUCGCCGCAGAGACCCGUCACACCGCACAAGCCGACGUCGCCUCGACACCACCCGCUGGCGACGGUGAUGAUGCCAUUUGAGCGAUUCCGGCCCGUGGACUUGGUAAUCGAACGCCCCGGCCUCUUGACGCCGGUGCUGUCGGCGCGCCAGCAGCACAUGACGACGCGUGCGCUGGCGUCAAUGACAGUCGAUGCGAUCACGGCGACCAGCGAGGAUAUUUCGCAGCUCUCAGACAUCGAAGCGCCGUCGCGAUCUGUGCAGUUUGUGCUUACCAUGGUCUACCUGCUCGUGACGCCGGGUGUGUUGACACCGCGAGACAUCUCUUGGUCGAGCCUACGGCUGUAUUACCGCCACGGCCACCGCGUGCUCCGUACCCUCCGCAAGGUGGACGAGGCAUCGGCAUCGCCUGACUUUGAGCUCAAAUGCACGAUGCUUGCCCCGUUUCUCUUGCAACAACCAAUGGCGUCGGAUCCGCUCUUCCGCCCCGAGUCGCUCGGGCGAGGCGCCGACUUGCUCUGUGCGUGGAUGCAGCGUAUCAUGGACGGGAAGGACCGCGACUCGCGCGAGCUCCUCGACCAGCUCGAUGAAGGUGAUGUGGAUCUGCUUCAGUGUACGUGGGUUUGCCACGACCUCGAGUACGCCGUGGCGCUCUCGCUUUCGGGCAAGACUUCGGGUGGCGUCAUUGUCGACAUUGCGGCGCAAGUGCCCGAAGACAAUCGACUGCGCGUCGAGCUUACUCUGUUGGAGCUCAGCGACAUCUUUGGAAAAGACGUGGCAGCGCUCUACGAGCGCCAAGCAUGGCACAGCAUGUGCACGCUCAUCAUUGCUCGCCUCGACACGCUCGCCAACCUCCCAAAGGAGCGUCUUGCGUCUUAA